AUGGAAGGUCUCUACAUUUACAGCACCUCACAGAACCAAAGCUUUAACUACAGCAACGUUACCUCCAACUACCAGAAUUACAGCAACAUCACCUCCACCGACCAGCAUUAUGGUUAUCCAUUCAUUAUUAAUGUGCUGACAUACAUAAUUGUUGCUAUCGGCAUUCCUUUGACCCUCGUUGCCAUCUAUGCUCUUUAUUAUAUGGUGAGAAGUGAUCAUGUUGCUCCCAUCUACCUCAUCAACCUUCUCAUUGCCGACCUCAUUCAGUUCUUCUCUAUGAUCGUAGAGGUGGUACCAAAUGUGGAUAUGAAGUUAUAUGACAUCUUCUAUUAUAUUUACCUCUCUGCUCUGAUUGCCAGUGUUUACUUCAUGGUCUGCAUCGCCCUGGAAAGGUAUUUGUUCAUCGCCCACCCGCUGUGGUACCGCUUCAGACGAACCAUCAAGACCUCUGUGGUGGUCUGUGUCCUGGUCUGGGUCCUUUCUCUUGUCUGUUUUUUUCUUUACAAUUUUUUUCCUGAAAAUGUUGGCACAGACACAAUCUCAGCCGUUCUCCUCCUCCUUCCCUUCCCACUGUUCAUAUUCUUCCUGGUUGGGACCCUCAAAGCCCUGUCUGCUUCCAUCUCGGUCCCCUCUGAUGAAAAACGCAGAAUUGUGGGAAUUUUGGUUUUGGUGCUGCUUAUUUACACUCUGCUGUUCCUGCCCAGCAUAAUUUGGUAUCUGGAAGUAGACUAUGACGAGACCCUCGACAGCCUCUCUCUGAUCUUUGUUAAGUUCAGUCCUCUUGCAGACUUAGUCCUGUAUGUCUUCAUGAGGAAAGGGAUCAUAGACAAGCUUUUGGCCUCUGUGUGUUGCUGCAGAAUGAACAGCAAAGAUAUCAGCAGUCCACCUGUAUGAAUGAUGACAACAUUUCCACAGUCAGCUUCAUGUAGGCAGAGAAAGAGGGAGAGAGAGAAAGGGGAGGAAACAGGAG